CAAAAAGAUGUGGUCGUUCGCGGCGAUCUAGCUGCGAUACGAAAUGGUCGUUUCUGUAUAAUCCGCGAAGGAACAAUUAUACGACCAAGCUCAAAAAAGUUCAGUAAAGGAGUGACACUAUUUCCAGUCCACAUCGGCGACCAUGAUAUGAUUGAGGAGGUGCGUUUCGGAGAAUGGUACUACGACAUCUGAGG